AUGGUUAAAACUCAUCUUGUUUUUCUGUUGCCACAAAAUAUACUUUUUCUCUUAAAAGGUACAAUGAGAUAAGAUCCAAUGUGGAUAUGGACUGUCGUAUUACUUUGGUGGGAAAUAAAUUCGAUCAACAACAUAUUCGAGCUGUUUCAUCAAACGAUGCUAAACAAUUUGCUGACGAAAGAAAUAUGCAGUAUAUUGAAACAUCAGCUUUGGAUUCUACGAAUGUUGAACAGGCUUUUCAAAAUCUUAUUGCUGAUAUUUGUCAACACUGGAUACCUCCAUCCUACUCAUUACCAAAACCCGAUUCACCACCUAAGCGUCGAUGUUGUUUCUCAUGA